CUACUGCCAUCUACAAGUAAACAAAAUAAGGAAAUGGAUAACGUGGGAUUGCGACGGCGACAAGCGGGAGAGAAAAACAUCGCCGAGCCUACAGGUUUAUGGACGGGAGAUGUGGCUUUUGAUAAACAGCUGAAGACCACAAAGCUACGGGAAAAACUUGAGAAAUUGAAGUCGGACCUAGUUGAUCAAGUAGACAGUCAGAUUGCUGAUUUCCUAGAUGAAUAUUCACAAGACUAUGACCUGGACAGCUCCUAUGUACAGAAUGGGGAGGCAACAAAGCCAAAGAAAAAGAAGGGGGAGCCACGAGACAAGGUGUUUGUUCCAAGAAAUUCAGUACUUACUGAUCUGUUUGAAGUGAGUCACAUCCAGACAAUCUACCAUAUCUUCAUUGCCAUCCUCAUAGUCUUCAGUUUGAAUACAAUCAUCCAUGAUGUAUUUGAGAAAGGGAGGGGUAAGGAUUUCACUGAUUCCUGGAAGAAAUAUGGGAUAAGACUUGUCUUGGACUUUGACCUGAUCAUCUGGGCGUGUGGAAAGUUUCCUCUAGUAGUGACCACAUGGUUGUGGAUGAAAGGUAGCGCCAUAGCUUUGUACCCUUUGUUCUACUACUGGAGCACCACCAGGAAUCAUUAUAAAGUGGGUAUUUAUGACUACCUGUGGUUGUCCUUGUUCGUGGCCUACAUUUUCGCAUUCCUCAUUCUUCCUGUGCAGGCAAUAACAGAGAACCAGAUACCUCCAGGGUCAACACUACUACUGGUCACUGAACAGGUGAGGUUGGUGAUGAAAACAUAUGCCUUUGUGAGGUCCAACACUACCAGAGCCUUGAAAUACAGGCCUCCUGUAGAAGGUGAAAACAGUGAAGGGGAGGGAAGUGAUGGCCAGAGUUCAAAUGAUGGCCCAUGUCCAAACUUUUCAAACUACCUGUACUUCCUAUUUGUCCCAACACUUGUGUACAGGGACAGUUAUCCAAGGAGCCCCACAAUUAAUUGGAGAUAUGUGGUAACAAACUUUGCCCAGGUGGCGGGCUGUCUUAUCUACCUGUACUACCUACUGGCCAGGUUCUGUGUACCUGUGUUCAGGAAUUUCAACCAUGAAAGUGUCACCCUGAAGCAGCUGCUACUGUCCUCAUUUGGUUGCAUGCUGCCAGGCACUCUAAUACUGCUGAUAGCAUUCUUUGCCAUACUACACUCCUGGUUGAAUGCCUUUGCUGAGAUGCUCAGGUUUGCCGAUCGUCUUUUUUACAAGGAUUGGUGGAACUCCAAGUCGUAUGCUAUCUGGUACAGAACAUGGAACUGUGUAGUCCAUGACUGGCUGUUUACUUAUGUCUACAAGGACAUCUCCUCGUUACUUAAGUACUUGAACAUCCAGUGUGGGCGAGCUACGCCUAUGGCAGUAGUCUUUCUGUUGUCAGCCAUCUUUCAUGAGUACAUUGUUACUAUGACGAUGGGAUUCUUCUAUCCUGUGUUGUUUGUUAUGUUUGGAGGAAUUGGAUUUGGUUUCAUGUUCCUUGGUCUGAAACCCACUCACCAAGCCUGGAAUGUGUUUAUGUGGAUAACACUGAUGAUAGGGAUGGGCUUGCUGAUGUGUCUGUAUAGCCUGGAGUGGUAUGCCAGAAAAAACUGCCCUGUUACUGCGGACUCCUUCUUGGACAAACUUAUUCCCAGGACGUGGACAUGUGAGCUGAGGCUGUGGCAGAAUGACCUUCACCCUGGAGUGACAGGACAGUAGGCUUCAGAAAUAGUUUCAGGUAUCAUAUAGGCACUGGAGGGGGGUUAGUAUGCUCAAUGUUCAAGAACAUUUCCAGGCACCAGGAAGUAAUAGGUCAUUUCCAGGUACUAGGAACUAAUAGGAAGUAUUCAGGCUCAGGGCACUAUAUAAUAAGUAUAAUGGGAAAUAUCCAGUCACUGGGUAGUAAUAGGACAUUCCAGGUACCAAGUAGUAAUAUGACAUUUCCAGGCACCAGGAAGUAAUAGGGCAUUUCCUGGCACCAGGAAGUAAUUGGGCAUUUCCAGGAUUAAUAGGAUAUUUCCAGGUUACUUGAUAACCAUACUACCCAGGGAUUGACACACAAUACAUGUAUGUUAUCACAUCAUAUAUGGCUGUAAUAAUGCAUCUUUAUCAAGAUGCCUUAUCAAGGUGGAGUCUUGUAUACUUGGCAGCUAUUGACUCCUCUUCCACUUUUGCUCACCACGUUUUCAGUUUAUCCAGGAAGUGACAGAGAAUAUGGGAUUUUAAGAAAAGAUCAGAUGACAUGUAAUCAACAAAAUACAAUUAGAGCAAUAUAGUUUGUACAGCAGUAAGUACAGAGAUUCACAAUUUGUCAUUAGGGUCAUUCCACAAAAUGGAAUUUGACACAUUGAACAAAUGAAAUGAUUCACUUUGUAUAGAACAAACUUGUUAUGCACUGCUUUAAAAAAGUGUGUAUAAUUCCUUUUUUAAUGAGAUAGUAUUAAACUAUGUCCACUUCUGUGUCUACUUUAUCAUAUUAAUUGCUAUUGUUAUGACAUACUCUGAU